GAUGAUCACAAGCGCUUCCCUCGCCUGCUUGGCUCAUCACUUCUAGCCAUGCACGGAAAAAUAAUCCUCACAUUUACUGCCCUUCUGUUCCUAUCAGCAAAGGGCAGUAGGGACGACCCAGGACAGCAGAUAUUUACGGCAUCAACUCCAGAAACACCACUCCCAGCGCCAACUCCACAGCACCCUUCACAAUCACCACUACCCAAGUUCAAAGAAGUCAUCGUCUACUUAACACCUACUCAAAUAAAAGCCCUACAAACGGGUCAGGGAAUACUUGAACCUAUAUUAGGACUUCAAUCACAACAGCAACAAGAGCCUGAAUUGACGCAAACACCACAUCACAAUUACGAGAAUGAUGAAGAAUUCAAGAAAGAGCUAGAAAGGCAAAAGGCGUAUAUUGAAACUCAACCUAAUAUUGAUGAAGCAAUUAGUAUUAUUCAGAAACAAAGGGAGAAAACUCCCCCACCAGUGAGAGAGCCAUCUAGAGAAGGGGCUCAAAAUGAACCGGAUCAAUUAUCUUGGUAUCCCAAAGGAGGCAGUCAAUAUUAUAAUCCAACACUAAAUCAAUAUCCAUCCACAGCUAAUCCUGAAAAUAAUAAAUAUUACGGUCCGAGUAGUGAACAAACAGACAGUAGCAAAUUAUUAUCAGAUUCGAAACCUGUUGAUUUGGCAAAUCUACAGCCAAACAGUUAUAAUUACUUUAGUGUUUAUAAUGAAAAGAUAGGAGAUAAUAUAAAUAUUAAAAUCUUCCAUCCAGCCCCAAAAGAUAAGCUCAGAGACGAAUCGGAUGCCAAAGAGUUUAAUGCUCGAACUAUAUAUGCUCCUUUAAUUAAAAAGUACAAGUGGCUUCCGUAUGAAUACAAAAAGUCAUCAGACUGGCAGCCCAUUGGAUCGUCAGAAGGUAGCCGCGUGACGCAAAAGAACGCUGAGCAUUUGAACUCUUUAUUUUCGCCUGCGAAACCCGAAGAGCAAUCACAAUCUUUUGGGUAUGGACAAGAAAAUUCGAAUCUUGAUGAAGAAUCACUUAAACAGAAAUACGCGUCCAGAUAUAACGAUCAAAAGCAUGCUAUAGAAAUUGAAAAUCUUAUUGAAAAACAAAACGCAGCAGCGCAUGCCGAAGCCAUCGCUCAAACUCCUCCUGUUGAAGUCCAAAGGGAAGUCAGCAUUACAAAACACAAACCUAUUGAAGUUAUCAAACAUGUUCAAGUACCAGUUCCUCAGCCCUACAUCGUUCGCGUUCCAGAACCUUUCGAAGUGAAAGUCCCUCAACCGUAUCCUGUACCUUUGGAAAUAAUCAGACAUGUUCCUGUGGAAGUAGUGAAGACUGAAAAAAUCGAAGUAGAAAAGCCCGUCCCGUACGAAGUUGAGAAACACGUGCCCGUUCCUGUCACUAAGAAGGUCUAUGUCAAAGUGGACCAACCAUAUUUGGUCGAAAAGGUUGUUCCUGUUGAGGUCCGAAAAGAAAUCCCAGUCCAUAUCCCAAUUCAUAAACCUCAAAAACUAACAAUCCUUAGACACGUUUGGGAACAUUAGAAUAUUAUCUAGUUUAGACUAAAUUUCAAAUAAUUGUUCUUAUUAAGUUGAUUGUUUUUAAUGUGCAAUAUAGACUGUGAUUUUAUUCUAAAGAUUAAAGGACUGAAUUGUUAAUAGGACAUUUUUUGUAAAUAAACGCCUG